GACAGGCAACUGCCACAGCCACCCUCCGCUCUCACCAGACCGAGUCGAGCCCCUGACAGCAUCACCGACAUGCCCCGCAAAGUGGGAUCCGCCUGGCAGUCCGAGUAACGACCAUUUAAAAUAUUUUAGACGCUCCUCGACGGCCGUGUAUUUUUUAGCUUUAAGGUUGCAAGGCCAGUGUGGGUCCAAACAUAAAUCACCAUGGCAUCAGCUAAUGUUACACUGGAAAAUCAGCUCCAAAGUGCACAGAAAAACCUGCUCUUCCUCCAGCAGGACCAUGCUAACACACUAAAGGGGCUACAUGCAGAGAUCCGCAGAUUACAGCAGCAAUGCACAGACUUGACAUACGAGCUCACAGUGAGAAGCUCUGAUCCCUCAGACAGCAGUGAGGCCCGAUGCAGGGAACUGCAGAGGAGGUGUGAGGAGCUAGAGGCCCAGCUUAAGAAGAAAGAAGAGGAGAACACAGAGCUGCUCAGGGACCUGGAGCAAAAGAACGCCAUGAUUUCCGUCCUAGAAAACACAAUCAAAGAGAGGGAGAAGAAGUAUCUGGAAGAGCUUAAGAUGAAGAGCCACAAGCUGGCUGUGUUGUCUGGGGAGCUGGAGCAGAGAGCAAGCACCAUUGCUUACCUUACCUCUCAACUUCAUGCCACUAAGAAAAAGCUUUUAGCUGGCAGUUCCUCUGAGGCAAGUCCUAAUGUUAGUCCAGUUUCCUCAUACAAGCCUACACCUCCACCUACCAAGGACAAGCAGCCUGAAACCCCACGUCGCCGCAUGAAGAAGAGCCUCUCCCAGCCUCUUCACCCAGAGCUGACUGAGGUGUAUCGCCUCGGCCCAGACGGCAGGCGUCUGGUUCUGCGAGAGACAGUUGACGCUAUGCCCGACCCCACACCCUUCCUGCAGGCAGGUAGAGAGUCUCCUGAGCCUCAGGUGGUGCGUGAACGCCCCUCCAUCAUCCCUCCCAUUGCCUCUGAUCGCUCCCCCAUCCCUCCACUAGGUGCUACAGCCAGUCCUCGUCACAGCCCUGCGCGGGACCGUCAGUACAAGGCGCAUGUGGGUGUGGCUCACCGUAUCCCGCUUGGUACCCCUCCCCUGGCCCCGCCGCAAGCAGAGCUGGAGACACUGGCAGUGGACCAGGUCAAAGAGGAUAAGGUUGUGCGGAAACGCUCAGGAGCCGACAGGACAGUUUAACACUGCAAAGCUAACAUGCAGAUAAACGCACACACACAUCUACUGUAUACACACUACACUGCAAGAACAGGAAGAAUCGUGACCCACUGUGUAGCCUGCUUUUUACGCAACACUGCAAUAUGAACAAAUGCAAAUACAAGAUUCUCAUUUUGUGGUUUUCAAUAAGACUUUUUCUUUUUGUUAAUCUACAGUAGACAAGUACUACUGUAAAGCAUGCCAAAUGUUUCCUUCAUACAUCCCAAUGAGACUUUGAGUUAUACACAUCUUAACUUUUUGCUUAGACCUUUACUUCAGCCGUCUUAUGAGGUGUGUACAACUAAUUCUCAGCCAAAUAUCUGCAUCAGUGCCUGCUUAACUGGUUCAUUCAUACACAAGCUGUGAACUGUAGUCAUGGCUAAUAGUUAUCUUUACAUACAGUAUCUCAGUGCUCCAUCUUCUCAACAAUAUGUUGGACAUAUCAACAAACUACAUAACAAAUAUCUGCAGCUGCAUAGGAUAGAACUAAAGUAACUAAACUACUACUCCCUGAAUAUCUUUCAUCUGCUUGUGAUAUCUGUAUAAUCAUAUUACUGUAGGUAGGGGCUGCAUAAUGUGCAAUUGUAACUUGCAGGUUGUCAAUUAGAAAGCUGUAAUUUGAACUUUUCCUUUGCAGAAAAGAAAGCAGCAGCGAUGGACUUGUUUUAAUGCAGGACGAACUGACAGUGAACUGGGAGUGCAUUAGUGUGUAUGAGCGAGGAAAAGAGAGUGUGUAUGCCUGACAAACAGUGAAGGCCACUGGGAGAAUGAACUUUUAGGUUUAUUGAUAUCCACUGAUGCUAUUUGUGAUACAAGGGCAUUUCUAACACACUGCUGAACUAGGAUUUUGUGAUAUUUACUGUACUUUAUAAAGGCUGUGAAUUUGUAAUGAGUUCUUUUUUAAUUUAUUGUGUAAAAUAGAACACUGGAAAAUACAACACCUCAAAUAUUGGCUGUAGUUACUGCACCACCAAUGUGAUGGUAAUUAAAUCUCUUAAUAGCCUGCUUUUCACAAUGAGAUCACUUGUCAUUUAAGUAUACAAGUUAAUAUAAUAAAGCAACAUUUUUUUA